UCACCCACUGCUCCGGUUUCUCACUCUCGCUGCAUGAAAUAAAACCCUUCUAAGCCUUCAUCUCCAACUUUAAAACUAUCAUAAGGAAUUUACUAAUGGGAAACUGUUAAACGGACUCACUUUCCGAUGGUGACCCGGACCACUUUGGCGUUUUAUUUAUUAGGAAGUCAUUAUGAUGGAAACGUGUGUCGCGAGAAGCGCUCACCGUGUGGUUUUCACGGUCUUUAUGCUUGUCCUAAAUACUGUGAUUGCCGAAACUUUAUUUACAGACACGGACACGGACACAGAUAACCCAUUGAGUACCGAACCCUUUUUUACUCGAACAACUGAUUUAAAACAAACGUCCUUCUGGCCGGGGAGAGAGGCCACUGCUACAGCUGUGGAUCUAUCGAGUGGACCGGAGGAGAUGACGGACAUUCCCGCCAGUGUGUCCAUCACUGGAACGCGAGCGGGACAUUCAGAAAAACCUUUACUCAUCUCUACACAUACAGCAGACUGGACAACUAGGAUGGUCUCAGAUGAGUCCACUGAACAUCUGCGGUCUGAUGAAGAGCUUACCCAUAAUGCCACAGCCCAAUGGGAGGGUUCAUCUGUAGCAUCACACAGCAUCACCAGCCACCAGCCAUCGACAGACGCCCGAACAGUGCGAGACAUUUCCGUAACGAAUCUGAGAGAUGUUGACACCACCGACUCGUUCUCUCACACUGAUAGCACCUACAUUUCCACCACCAACCGAGUCGGAGAACGCACACUGCUCUCGGUGAACUCCAACAGCACCUCUGCGUACACAGAAGACUCCAACUCCUCUGUUGCUGGGAGCUGGGAGCAAAGGACAUCAGGAUCCACCCAAGUCGAGGAGAAAACAGAAGAUGUAUCUACAGUGUCUGAUAAGACUGAGCCCACUUUUGAAGAUCAUAAUGCCACCAAUGCAACUCAAGGCCUCUCUCUGGAGACCGAGCAGUCAACGUUGUCCCAAGGCACUGAGUCACAGACAGGACAACCUACUGUCACAGGACAGACCUUUGAGCAGGUGUCUGAUAAUGACAAUCCAAAUUCAACACCCCCUCUUACAGUGAUCAAUAGAGGUGAAGAGGAAACAGAUGUCACAUCGGUGAGCAGUGAGACAUCUUAUACAGAAACCGGUGACUCUGUUUCGUCUAUCCCACCCUUUACCUCUGGCGAACACACCAAUGCCACUAGCACAUCCCAACAGAGCCGUGGUUCCACAGUGACUUAUUCAGUGGAUACUGGUGCUUCCACUGAGUUUUCAACCGGAUCUGUCAGCUCCACUGGCCGCGAGGAAUCCGAAGGGUCUCCGACCCAUACAGUGGAGGAGACGACCAUUCGGGGCCUGACUACUGCACCCCCAGUGCUUGAAGAUGUAGCCACCACAGUUGAUGACUCGGUUUUCAAGUCCCUUACUAGCCAACCACCCUUUGUCACCAAAACUGAUGAUCAGACAAACACGGAAGUGGUGCCAACAUCUACCGCACCAGCAACUCAGAGGACACAGGUUACGGAGGAAGCCACUAACGAGGCAUCUACCUUCUACAGUUCUACCAAUACAUUCACUACCAUGCCUCCUCCCCUCACCACCCGUCAGCUCCAACCAAGCACCACACCGAAAGCACAAUCAGAACACACUACCAUCAUUACCACUGAUAUCGUUCAGGUGCUGCGGACGACACCCUCCAGAACCCAGGGCCCGUCCACGUCCACUACUGGUGUACCACAGGCACCCAGUACAUCUGAUUCUGCUGACGUCACCACCUUGCAUGUAGAAACGAGUACGGCCACGCCAGGGAACACUACUGCACAUGGUGGACGUGCAACAACACCUUACAGCAAAAGCACCCCGACCAGGACCACUGUGGCGGUAACCACCAGGAAUCAUACGGAGAGAAGCACCACAGAAAUGGGAACCACAACCAUGCAGAUCCCUUUUAGGUCAACAGCAUCAACAGGUCAUGCAUGUGGGCCUAAAACCUGUGCAAAUGGAGGCAACUGUGUUAGAUCAGCUGAGGGAAGUUACCACUGCCAGUGUCUGCCUGCAUGGACAGGACCCUUUUGCACUGAAGAUGUGGAUGAGUGUGUGAAUAAUCCGUGCCCCCAGGGUUCAGUGUGCAUCAACACAGGUGGCUCUUUCAGCUGUGAAUGUGCCCUGGGCUUUGACCUGGAGGAUGGCCGCAGCUGUACGCAAGUGAAGACAUUUUUGGGCACCUUUACCGUCAACAACUCCAUGCACCUCAGAAGUUCAGGUCUGCAUGAGCUCCACAGAGAGAUCCUACAGCUGCUCAAUGCCUCUCUCUCCAACUUCCAUGGUUACAGACGCUCCACUUUGGGUAAAAGAGAUGGAGAAGGUGUGCAGAUUUCAGCGGUGAACAUGUUUUCACUCUCCACCAAUGUGACCAGCACAGACAUCUACAACAGCAUCCAGAUGUCCCUGAGCAACUGCAGCCGGACGUACUCACACUGCACCAUUAAGCUUCAGCACCAGCUCUCAUAUCAAGUGGAGAGCCUGUGCUCGGCUCAGAAGACCAAGUGUGAUUCGCAGUACUCUGAGUGCAAUGACACUAGUGGGAUCCCAUACUGUCAGUGCCACCCGGGGUACUUUAAAAAGAACCCAGGCGACAUGACCUGCAGAGACUGUGGAGAUGGACUCAAGCUUGUUAAUGGCAACUGUGUUGAGUGCAUGUUUGGAUUUGGAGGUUUCAACUGCAAUAAUUUCUACAAGCUGAUAGCCGUGGUGGUCUCUCCUGCUGGAGGAGCUAUUCUAUUGAUUGUCGUCAUUGCUCUUAUAGUCACCUGCUGCAAAAAGGACAAAAAUGACAUCAACAAAAUCAUCUUCAAAAGUGGAGACCUUCAGAUGUCGCCCUACGCAGAGUUUCCUAAGAGUAACCGUGUGUCAAUGGAGUGGGGCAGAGAGACUAUUGAGAUGCAGGAGAACGGCAGUACCAAAAAUCUCCUGCAAAUGACAGACAUUUAUUACUCUCCUGCACUGAGGAACUCUGACCUGGAGCGUAAUGGUCUGUAUCCGUUCUCCGGCCUCCCCGGUUCAAGGCAUUCCUGUAUCUACCCAGCUCAGUGGAACCCUUCCUUCAUAAGCGAUGAUUCACGGCGUAGGGACUACUUCUGACAGCCUUACCCAGCAGGCGUGCAAUUUGAUGCUGCAUAUAGGCUCUCUUGCCGUGGUUGGACUCGUUGCAGAUUCUGGAGCUGGAUACUGACCACUAAAGGCCUUUGAAUGUGAAAAUGAGCUGGCAGAAAAAGACCAUUAUCUGUGAGACUGGAAGAAAGCCGCAGAGCCCUGUCGGGUCAAUUUAGCGUUUGAACACAAUGCCACAAUAAGAUUUUAGUUUCUGGUGCGGAGCUGAUGAGCUGACGUUCUCAGCUCCCCACAGAGCAUUAUUCUUAAGUGGAAGUCAGCGAAUUUAAACUAGACAAAUGAAAAAUUACACAUAAGAUGCCUGGGCUACAGUAUAACUUUUAUAUCAUAAAAGUUUGCACUAUGAAUUCCUCACACAGAUAUUAUCUCAAAUGGAAAAAGCCAUAAAUGUAUCAUAUUUAUACUUGGAAUAAUGUAUCCAACUGGUUUGUACUGUGUUUUUGUGAGUGAUGGAUGUCUGUUUGAGUAUGUUCAUCAAAGGUUAAAGGGAUUGUUGACCCCAAAAUGAAAAUUCAUUUUCUCACCCAAAACUUGUAUGCCUUUCUAUCCUCUGUGAAACACCAAAGGAGUUAUUUGUGAACAGAAUGUCCAAACUGCUCUUGUCUAUAAAAUAAUGACUUUUUCUCACACAAAGCAUGUAGAUUCAGCUGACUUGGAAUAUAGUGUAUUACUUAUUGACAAUUAUCAUGUUUUAUGGCGCUUUUUGGAGCUUGACAGCCCCUGGUCUGCAUUCACUUGCAUUGUAUGGAAUAGAGCAGUGUGAACAUUCUUCAAAAUAUCUCCUUUUUUCCACAUUAGAAAGAUAGUCAUAUGGGUUUGGAACAACAUGAGGGCGAGUAUAUGAUGACAUUUUUUUGGGUAAACCAUCUCUUUAAUGCUUUGUAUUGGUAACGUUUUAUAGAAACAUUGUGAGAUUUACGCUGGAGAACUGAACCUGUGCAAAAGCUGGUAGGAUUUUGAAACAAUAUUACUGGAUGCAGCAUUUGUGUGAAAUGUAGCAAAUAUUGCCACAAGGUGUUACGGUUUGUUUGAACAACAGUAAUAAUCAUAAAACGCAGUGCUGCCUUGUUUUCCUAAUUUAUUUUAUUUAAGUUUUCUGAUUCAGAUAAAGAUACUGUAGUAUUAUCUGAGGACCUCCCAUGUGUUUGUAUGGAUGCUUAGUGGUGCAUGAGAGGAUGGACUCCACCUGGUGCCAGGUGUCCAUUUUAUUUUAACUAAUGUGUGUUCUUGUGAGAUGUGCUUUAUUUGUAAUCUUUAAUAUCAGAGACUGCUUUCUUAACUCAUUAGUAUUUUCCCCUCCUCUGUGGAUGGUCAAUUUAAUCUGGCGUUGUAGUCAGAAAUGUAUUGUAAAAUAAAGGAGAAAUAAAGUUA